AUGUCUAUAUGGUCUGAACGAAAAAAGGCUUCCGAUGAUGGCUUUCCGUUACCAUUGCAAAGUCUCAAUCAAGAUCAUCCAUUACCUAUUCAACAACCACCUCCAUUAUCUACGAAUACUACGAAUACAUCACAUCAGUCAAGUGACAACGAGUAUAGAAAAUUAAUUCAACGGAUUCGAACGACAGAUGUGCGAGUUAAUUUAUUUGAUUGUAUGAAAUGUUAUGUUAAGGUUUCACGAUGUAAGGUUGAAGAAGAAGUGCUUGACUCCAAUCAGAAUGCCAAAACAAAUUUUCAUCGUGAAGUACAAGAACAUCGAGAAGAACAAGAAAUAGCAUCACAAAUACAAACAAACCAAGCUUUAUCGACUAUUGUUGAACAAGAAGAAGAAGAAGAAGAAAAUUAUGCUGUUUUAGAUUAUUUAGAUGAUUACAAUCCAAUGAACACUUUAAUCAUUAUUGAUUUACCAUGGCCACAAGCAUCAGAGUGA